UCCACCCGCCAUGUCCCUCCUCCGCGCCAUGAUCCACCCGCCAUGUCCCUCCUCCACUACCCGCGCAGCCCUUUCCACGAGUGGCCCGACCUCAUCGCCAGGGCCAAGGAAGGCGGCCUCAACGUCAUCGAGUCCUACGUCUUCUGGAACGUCCAUGAACCCGAGAUAGGCAUGUACAACUUUGAGGGGAGGUACGACAUGGUGAAGUUCUUCAAGCUGAUCCAGGAGCACGAGAUGUUCUCCAUGAGGAUUGCCUCACUGGCUCCGGGAGGUCCCCAACAUCAUCUUUCGCGCGGAUAACGAGCCAUACAAGGUGAUCAAUCGGGCCAUCAAACCACAGAGAAUUAUCAGUUGCAGACAUAUCAAACUAGAUGCAUUUCGAGUAAAGAAAAUAAAAGGCCCAAUGUAAAUUUUGCAACAUACAUGCAGAAAUA